CGAAAAUCUCGUCGUCUUUCAUCAUUGUUUGUAGAUCUGCUCGCGUUUUCAACCCUAAUCGCCAGAACCGACUCAUACGAGAUCAGAUAUCUUACCUGAACUGAAACAAACAAAAAGGGUUGAUUUGAUUAAUCAUGGCACUUCUCGAGGGAUUUUACAGAGUCGUCAUGCGCCGUAACUCCGUCUACGUCUCCUUCAUCAUCGCCGGCGCUUUCUUCGGCGAACGGGCUGUGGAUUACGGUGUUCAUAGGCUCUGGGAAAGCAAAAAUGUUGGGAAACGGUAUGAAGACAUCUCUGUGUUGGGUCAAAGGCCUAUUGAAGAAUGAGAAUUCUCCUUUAUUGUUGUUGUUGUUUUGCACUUGCAAAGCCUCUUUCUUUCUUUGUUGAAUAAGUCAUUUGGAUGAUGAUUUUCAUAUACUUUCACCUAAAGCUGCUAUUUGAUUCUGGUUAACUAAAUGUUAUUUUUUUUGCAUUGUGCAAUAAUUAAACCUUUUAUUUCAAAA